AUUAUUAAUUAUACCAUGUUCUCAACGUUCAAAAGGCCUUGUCAUUCAUUAACCGGUUUGCUUAAGCAUAGUAUCACAAAACCGGUACGAUUUUAAGUCUUAAAACCGGUUCAAUUUAUGUAGUAAACCCAGCCCGGGCUUGUUCUUCUUCUUCCUUACUCUCUGCGCCGCCUUCUCUCUCGAUCUGCUCUUCCCUUUAGCAAAGCUUCUACGAUCUUCCUCCUGUGGUUUCGUUUAUAAAAGAUGCAUUAGAAGUAUUACUUGUCAUGUUCUUGAACUGAUUCCAAUUAAGAUGGUGUGAUCUUGAUUUUGAUAUAAUAGUAGUGAAGCAAUGGCGAGCGUGAGAGAACCACCGAACGAGCAAGCAGUUCUGAACAUCUACGAGGCCAUGAGAUCAGAGCUAAGCCAGAUCUAUUCCAACAUUACGGAUCUCGAGAUGCAAGUCAGCGAGCACUCUCUCGUCAUCAACGCCAUCCAGCCUCUCGACCAAUCUAGGAAAUGCUUCCGCAUGAUAGGAGGCGUUCUCGUGGAGAGAACCGUCAGAGAGGUGCUCCCUGCUGUCCAGCGCAACAAGGAAGGCCUCGAGGAGGUUGUGAGGAAGCUUUACGAGACGUUGGAGAAGAAGAAGAAAGAUAUGACUGAGUUUGAAGCUAAGUAUCAGAUCAGGCUUAGGAAGCAGGAUGAUCCUAAUAAGGAAGAAGGUGAUAAGAAAAAGGAAGGUAAUGCUCAAGGUGUUCUUGUUGGCGCUGCUGCUGCUGCUGCUGCCAGUUCCAGCCAGUGAAAGUUUCUCCCUUUACUCUUUGUAUCUUCUUUUAAUGGUGUUUUGCUACGUUUCUCUGGAGAACAAUGUUUUGGCAUGUUGCAAAACUCAGUAGACUGGAGAAGUGCCAUUUAUAGAUCAGUUUUUGCUUAUA